GACGACUGCAAACUGGAUUCUAAACAAAGCUUGGCUGUCUAUCGAUUUAACAUUUGUUUAAAUCCUUUGGAUCUUACUGAAAUAGAUGCAAGACUAGGAAAUUAUGUGCUACAUGAACCUAUGAAAGCUGCUCAGAUUUUUCAGUCUGUGUGCUUUGUAGCAAUCAAAACCUUGUCUUUACUUGAUCAGCUAGAGACAGAAUCUCAGGUUUUUGUCAUCCUGAAGCCUACACACUUGCCUCCUCUUCCAGAGUACUUCCUUAAUCUUUGUGAGUUUCCAAGAAACUUUAAAUCCCAGAGAUUUUAUGUGAUUGAAGGAGUGGUACUAGCAAAGACAAUGCAAACCAAAUAUACACAAGGGGCCAGAUUUCUUUGUUCAGAAGCAAGUUGUCCAUUUUCUUCAGGCUUUCACUACAUACGAGUUCACAUACCUGGUGCAACAGAGUCAGUGGUAAUGAGAACCGAUUUGAUCUGUGCUUUAUGUGCUUCACCACUGAGAGAGGAUGUGAAAUUCAGAGUACUUGGAGAUAAGCAGAUAGUUGAAAUUGCUGACACAAGGAUCUUCAGUGUCUUUCAAGGGCAUCCAUUCAACAAGAUGUUUCCCAGAUUUCAAACCCUCACUGUAUUUUUAAGAGAUGAAUUGUCUGAUAAAAUGAAGAUUGGAAGUUUAUAUAGCAUUAUAGGCAUUCUAUCCCAUAUAGAGGCUAAUUCACAAAUCACAGUUUGUGUGGAAGCUAACAGUAUACAAACUCUGGUACCUAAAGGUCCAGUUUGUAUUAGCAACAAUUUUUGGCAUUUACUGUCUUCAACAUCUUGUUCUCCCUGGAGGUUCACAGCUAUCGUUGCCAAUUUAUUUGCAUCACACAUUAUUUCUCCUGGUACUUACAGCACUUUAAAACUCUGUCUUCUGCUGAGUCUUGUGCAGACAUGUGAAGAAGAGACAAAGACUGUAGAAAAUCUACACCUUUUGAUUAUGGCAAAUGACAUGCUGAUAAUAGAUAGACUUUUAACUUACAGUCUCUGCAUUUUACCUCGUGGUAUGCGACACAGUGCUUCAGGAGAUAUGUUUGCUACAGUCUCCAAGGAUGAACAUGGAACUGGCAUUGCCAGUAUUCAUGCUGGUACUGCCUUAAUGGCCAAAGGAGGCAUCUGCUAUUUAGCCGAAUUGUCUUCCUACAAAAAGGAUAAAUUGGAGAUGCUCCAGUCAGCUUUGGAGACCAGGAGUACUACAGUAUUCAUUCCUGGAAAGAAGUAUGGGGAAGAUGCAAAUCAGCAGCUUUCCUUCCCCCUACAGUGCUCUUUCUGGGCUAUGUCUUGAGAGGUACAUACCAAACGGAGCAUUCAGACAGACCAGGGAGUAGCUGGACUUCAGGAAAUCGGUUCCAUUUCCAGCAGCCUUGUGGAAGGCUUUAGUUUGUUAAUUCAGUACACAGUGUCAAGUCAAGACAAUACAUUUAUACCGCUGGUUCAUCACACUCUAAGGAAAGCUAUAGUCCCAGAAGAUGUCAUAUAUGAUGUUUCACAGCAAUUCACUACAGAAGAUUUUGAACAGCUUAUUUUAGUUGCCAGAAAUAUUUCUCCUGAACUAAACUCUGAAGCAGAGGCAUUAAUUCAUGGAUAUUACCUUGCAAGCAGGAGAGUGAGAAGCAAAUCUGUUCAUGGAUCAGAAUUAUCUGCUUCAGCACUGAAGAUCUUAAUUUCAUUGUCUGAAGCUCAUGCUAAACUGAGCUUGAGAAGAAAAAUAAUUAAAGAAGAUGCCCUAAUUGCGGUUUUGCUGUUUGAAAUGUCUCUCACCUUAAAACAUGGUGCAUCCAUGUUUUCUGUAUCCCCCAAUUCAGUAUUUCCAUUUGACUUCUGUGAUGAAACAUACCUUCAUCAAAGAGACAUCUACCUGACACAGUGUUAUCAGCAGCUAGUUAAUUUUAUUUCCACCUGUGCACCAGGAGCUGCAGCUCACAUGCCUGAAGAGUAAAUGCUGAUUUAUGGGACACUGGCUUACUGGUGUGCAUCUCUAAUAUUUUGCUGUGGGAACUCCUCAAUAGGACUGAUUUCUGAGUAAUAUGUGCUGAUGCAUCAAGAUGUGCAGCAGCCUCAGAGAGGAGUGAAUGGAAGCAAAAUCAUGGCAGCAGUAGGAACACCAGUGUUGACUUUUCAGGACAACAUGCUAAACAAAUGAUUUUGAAAGUUAUUUUAUGUAUUUUAAGCAAGUUUUAGUUAUUAUAAUAUUUGAUAUGUUAAUAUGAUGUAUAAUUUAUGAAAUACAAAUGCAAUGGGAAUGAUACUUUCUUCAAAAAUGAGAAGUGAAGAAAAAUACCAAUAUUUGUUCGUGUGUGUGUGUGUGUGUGUGUGUGUGUGUGUGUGUGUGUGUGUGUGUGUGUG